UGGCAGCCUGCGGAAGUGAACGUCCUGGUAGGAAAGGACCGAGACAACAUGUUUGUGAACGGGCUGACGCUUGGGGGCCAGAAGUGUUCCGUCAUCUGGGACAGCUUGCACACGGACGGGGAGUGUACCAUGGACCUGCGGACCAAGAGCACAGGCGGAGCCCCCACCUUCAACAUCACAGCAGCCAUGACCAGCAAGACGAUAGUCCUCGUGAUGGGGAAGGAAGGUGUCCACGGCGGCUGCGUGAACAAGAAGUGCUUUGAGAUGGCCAACCACUUGCGGCGGUCCCAGUAUUGACGUGCCUUCCUGCGUGGCCCCGCCCGUGGUACUACUGAUGGAACGGUGUAAGGAUGUCCAAGGUGGCGGCGACUGCCCAGGGCCCCCGGCCCUGCCAUCGUGGGACCGACCCCGGGGCCAGAUCGCCGUGUAUUCCAGCCCUCCGCCCCACCCCUUGCCUCUCCCCCCACCCCUCCCAGUUCUAUUGUGUUUUUUUUCUAACCCCGGCACCCGCACUCCUUUUUCUUCUCUCUUUGCCAUUUUUUCUAUCACAAAUCCUUAUUGCUGCCAAAUUUUCUGGUUGUUACAAGGUGUAGUUUUUUGGUUAAGAAAACUAUAUUGGAACAAGAAAAAUAAAAAUAAAUUGAAUUCUA